UAGUCGCCGCGGCCAUGCUUUCUACCUCUUCUUCCCUCCCCGCCCGCUCCAUCCUCAGGCGCAGUCCUCGUCGUCUGCUUUCAACGUCUUCGGCAGUAUGCUCUGAAAGGCCCAUCCUCAACCGGUACAGCCGGACGGUCACCAAACCUAAGGAUCAAGGCGCAAGUCAGGCCAUGCUCUAUGACACCGAUGGCAUCCGAAACGACGAAGAUUUCGAUAAGGCUAUGGUAGGAAUAGCAAGUGUGUGGUACGAGGGCAACCCAUGCAACAAGCACCUGCUCGGCCUCGGCCAGCAUAUCAAGAAAUCUGUCGUCGACGCUGGCCUCAUCGGAUAUCAGUUUGGCACUGUCGGUGUCAGCGAUGGAAUCAGCAUGGGAACGUCGGGCAUGACAUACUCUCUUCAGUCUCGGGACCUCAUUGCAGAUCAGGUCGAGACCGCCGCCGGAGGUCAUUGGUUAGACGGAAUGGUUGUCGUGCCCGGCUGUGACAAGAACAUGCCCGGUGUGCUCAUGGCUUUGGGGAGGCUAAACCGUCCUGGUAUCAUGGUCUACGGCGGUACUAUCCGGCCCGGUUCCUGCGAGGGUGCGCCUCAGUUGGACCUUGUCUCUGCCUUCCAGUCGUACGGAAAGUACCUCCAGGCGGGUAAAACAGAGGAAGCUGAGCGGGAGCGGUACAACACUGUGCGCCAUGCUUGUCCAGGGCCCGGUGCCUGCGGUGGUAUGUACACUGCAAACACCAUGGCUAGCGCUGCGGAGGCCUUGGGAAUGACUCUUACCGGCUCCUCGUCCUUCCCUGCUGAGUAUCCUGAGAAGCUGCAGGAAUGUGCUGCAGUCGGUCCCGCUAUGCGCAACCUCUUGGAGAAGAACAUCCUUCCUCGUGACAUCAUGACUCGUGCUGCCUUUGAAAACGCCAUUGUGCUCACAAUGAUCUUGGGAGGUUCGACGAACGCCGUACUGCAUUUGACUGCCAUCGCCCACUCCGUCGGCAUCAAGCUCACCUUGGAAGACUACCAAGCUGUUUCGGAUCGCAUACCGUUCAUUGCGGACUUGAAGCCUAGCGGCAAGUACGUUAUGGAGGACGUCUACAAGAUUGGUGGCAUUCCUAAGAUUCUGGCGUAUCUACUCAAGAACAAGCUUAUCGAUGGCAACAUUCUGACCGUCACGGGUCGUACGCUCGGCGAGAAUCUGGACAGGUGGACACACGAACAUGGAGAGCUCGAGUUCAGCCGCCAAGACGUGAUCCGUCCGCUGGAAAAGCCGAUCAAGGAAACGGGACACUUACGCAUCUUGAAGGGUAACCUCGCACCCGGCGGCGCGGUCGCCAAGAUCACUGGCAAAGAGGGGCUUGCAUUCACAGGAAAGGCGCGCACGUUCGACUCCGAGGACGAGUUCGUCCAGGCAGUCGAAAGUGGGUCGAUCAAGAAGGGCGAGAAGACCGUAGUCGUGCUUCGCUACCUCGGUCCUAAAGGCGGUCCAGGCAUGCCGGAGAUGCUGAAGCCUACUAGUCUGAUUAUGGGAGCCGGCCUCGGUCACGAUGUUGCGUGCCUUACGGAUGGACGCUUCAGUGGAGGAUCUCACGGGUUCUGUAUCGGCCACGUUGUCCCAGAGGCGCAGGUGGGCGGCCCCAUCGCUCUCGUCCGGGACGGCGACACCAUCUCUGUCGACGCGGUCAAGAACACGAUCGAAUUGCAGGUGUCACCCGAGGAGCUUGAGCGCCGCCGGGCCGAGUGGACUGCGCCUCCGCUCAAGGUUAGGCAGGGCACGCUGUAUAAGUACAUCAAGCUCGUGGAGAAUGCGAGCCAAGGCUGUAUCACGGAUGCAUGAGCUCCAAACGCGCAUCCUUCGCUGUUGGUUUAGCUGGUAGCUCUCAUGAAAGUACGUUACUCUUGCAGUGCAUAAUCUGAUGUUGCUUCUUGCGGUUGAACUCCA